AUGGGGUUGGACACAACUACCAGCCGCUAUCGCUCUCGCAUUCUUAGAGAAAUGAAUGCUAACCGCGAAAACCCUUUUAACUCUCCCCCUUCUUCCACUGGCUCCCAUGGCACCGUCAGCCCGACCAUGUCCUCUGUCAUUUCGGACCCCGACGGCGAGUCUACCCGCAGACUUAACGAGGAUAUUGCUCGCCUUACCGGCUCUAGAAAUGGGAAGCCCCAGGUGAACUGGGAAGCCGCGCAUAUAAAGUGGCCCGAGCAGACGAAGCAUUCCGAGGACCCUUGGCAGGACUCCAAGCGUACUCGCGCCGAGAUGCAACCUCGCGUCGAUAACGACUCGGAUAAUUCGUCCACUUUUUCCAAAUCACCUAUCCGCUUUGAUAUGCGGCGACCAGACAUGGCUCGCCUCACACAUCAACCACGCACCCGAAGCCCGCUUUCCCGGGCGCACAAACGAGUCGCGUCCGGCGCCGACCACCAGCAGCAGCAGCAGCCUCUUCCUCCGCAGUCCCCCUCCAAUGGCAAGGGCCCGCUUUCCAGGUCACAAACCUCUCCCUCCCUGGCAGCCCAUGCCGCCGAGACAGGGACGUCAAAUCAAGCAGGCGGAAAUAACAACGUGCCGUUCAAGCAUUCACCGGCCAACUUGAACACCAUCCGAAAAUCGUUCCCUUCCCCUGUAGCCACCGAUAGUCCCUUGCAUAACGGUGCGACGGUCCAGUCCUUCUUCAUGCCCGACAUCUCCCACCUCAAUGACUUGGUCUCCGGCACACUUCGCGUGGGUGGGUUGAAGGAUGGAGUCCCGGUGUUCGUCAAGAACGGCAGAGUACGAGAUCGUGCGGACAUCCGGGCACCCAACGACCAUGCCGAAGUCGAAGGACUCGCCAUUCCGGAAGACGAGGAGAACAUCUUCAUCUCGAUGGACAAGAUUCGGGAAGAGAUCGAGAAUCUUCAGCAACACGACGAUAUCAUGCAGAGACACGCCGAGAGCCUGCAGGGCGAAGUCGAUCGUCUUCAGAACGAGCUCAGCCGUUUCAAGUCCCGCAAGUCCAUCGAUAGCGCGCUGGGUUCGCGCACCGGCUCAGAGCCGGAGACGGCUGCCUACGAACAGCUAGUUACCGAGAAACUCGUGCUUGAAUCACAAGUCGCUUCAUUGCAAGCCCGUCUCGACCAAGCCUCGAGACGCAUUGGCGUUGACGAGGUCGAGAACAACACUCUGUCGUUGGAGCGCGACCGGGCUCUGAAGAAAUUACAAGACGCCUGCGAGAACAUUGGCGACCUCAUGGACAAGCUCGAUCUGAGAGAGAAGGAGCUGAACGACACGCAAAAGAAGCUAGAUGCCACGCUCCAAAUGCAGGGUAAUAACAAUACCCAGACGGCUUCCCGCUCGGAUGCCGGCACGUCGAGGCGGGAGCAUAACGCCCAGGACGGCCACGACGGCCAGGACGGCCACGAGGGUCUAGAGUCGGAAAACAAGUCCCUCCAAGUCGAGUCGCUGCGGGAGGACAACAACUCGUUGCGCCGCGAGCACGAAUCCCUGUUGAGCGAGAACAGGUCCCUCCGGUCCAGCGUCCGAGCCCUGAUGACCGAGACCGAGGAGCUUCGAAGGACGGUGGACGAUGGCCAGCGAGAGGUCGCUUCGGCUCGGGAGGAGAGCGAUGCGCUCCAUCAGGAACUGGAAGCCAUGGAGCAGGAGAGGGACUCGCUCAAGGAGGACAACGACAGUCUGGUGCGGCACAACGAGAAGUACUUUGGAGAGAACAAACUGCUCCGGCGCGAGAACGGCGGGUUUGAGCGCAGCAUCCACGACCUCCACGACGAGAACGAACGGCUGAAGGAAGAGGUCGAGUUUUUGAAGGAGCAGCUCGACCACUGCCGUCCGAUCGGGAAGGACCACGACUUUUCGGCGCGCCUGGGCCAGGACAACGACUACGACAACGACAACGACUACGACGAGGAGAAUAUGACGUCUGCCUUUUUCGUUCCCGACAUUACCAUCGACGAGAACUCGGCAGUCGUCGACCCGACCCUGGACAGCGUAAAGGGCCCUCCUGACAUGCCCACGCGCAGCCAGAGGCCGACCGAGAUUGCCGAUACAACCGCACUCACGGAAGGCAGCGUGGCAGGCCCCGAUGAUACCGCCGACCUGCACAAGCGGCCGUCGGCAGGCCGGGAGAAGGCUCUCGUCGAGGGCAGGGAUGAUACCGGCCACGUCCAACAAAAGGUGGCGUUUUCGCUCCCCGAUGUCACCCAGGACACAACUAGGGGGACGACGACGACCAACAACAACAUGGCAAACAAGGGCAGCAAGCGUCGGUCGGCCUCUCGCGCGGGGCACCGGAGCAAUACUACGGGGACCUCGAUUCCAGAGCUGGAAGCUUUCCACCUCCUUGACCAGGAUAAUAGCAUGGUCUUCUCUCCCGAUAUUACGCAGAACCUGUCCGUGGCAUUGGACACCCAGGCGAGGGGGGGCCAGACGGCGGCGGCAGCACCGUCUCACUCUCAGAGUCAGGGUCAGGGUCAGGGUCAGAGUCAGAGUCAGAGUCAGAAGACUGCCGGCAUCAAGUCGUCGAUGAAAUCCAAACAUCACAGGUCGGCAACCGUCGACGUGACGACAACACGGAGGCGGCAGGACGCCAACACGACGGCCACAAGCGUGAGGAGCGAAUGCCCGGCCCUGUCCCCCGACGCGAGGCGGGUACUAGACGGCCUGUGCGAGCACAACUGCAAUAACUGCGUGGUGUGCAGCCGCAUCUCGUCGCACCGGGGCACCGUGACGCUGAAGGAGGCCGCGGAGGGGAAGAAGCGGGUCAAGGUGCCCAAGCCGGUCCCGGCGUCGGAGCAGCAGCAGCAGCAGCAGCAGAAGGCCCUCCAGCACCAGCAGCAAAAGGGGCACCAGCGGUACACGGACGAGCCGACGAUGCGGCCGUGGCAGGCGCCCGGGACGGCGCUGGCGAUGGUGAUCAAGGGCCUCGAGGACGAGGCGGCGCACAUGAAGAUGGAGCUGGCGCGGCUGCAGGCGCGGUACGGCGAGCUCGACGCGUCGGUGGGGCGGCGGGAGCGGAAGGAGGUGGCGUCCCGGGUCAAGGAGGCGCUGAGGCGGCUCGAGGUCAAGAAUGACCAGAUCUACGCGCUGUACGACGUCCUGGAGGGGCAGAAGCAGGCGGGGCAGGCCAUGACGGAGGAGGAGCUUGAGGUGACUAUCUUUAGCAUCACGGGGUUGACGGUGAGGGAUAUUAGUCUGAACUUGGCGCGGGAGGGUGUUGCGGUCUGAGCGACGGGGUUUGGUAAGGGCAAC